UAUUAAGACCGUAGGUUUGUUCUUAUUAUCGCUUGGUUUACAAAGUUGCUUUUGGACCACGCCCACAAAAUGGAACGCACGAGGGCGCUUUUCAUACAACAUGGCGGCUCCCAGCAGAGAUGACAUGGAUAGCGAGCAGCGACGGAGGCGUAAGCACGGGAUGCUGAAGAUGUACUAUGGCCUGGAUGAUGAGGCAGGCAAAGAGGCCACCACAGACCCCAUCGACAUCGACGGGGCGCACUUUGACCCUGACGUCUACUUGGCCAGACUCAUGAGGGAGAAGAGAUUGACUGAGUUAGUGGACCGGGAGGUGGACAUGGUCAAACAGAUCCGUUCCCUCGACAGUGACAUGCAGACUCUGGUCUAUGAGAACUACAACAAGUUUAUCAGUGCAACUGACACAAUAAGGAAGAUGAAAACCGACUUCAAGAAGAUGGAAGAAGAGAUGGAUCGCCUAGCAACCAACAUGGACGCCAUCACCGACUUCAGCGCUAAGAUCAGCGGUACACUGCAGGACAGACGAGAGCAGAUAACCAAACUAAGCAGCGUUCAUAUGCUACUCAAGAAGCUUCAGUUCUUGUUUGAACUUCCGGCCAGACUGAAGAAGUGCAUUGAGAUGAAAGCGUACAGCCAAGCAGUCAGGUACUAUGUGAAAGCCCGGGCUGUACUGCUCCAGUACCAACACAUGACAUCCUUCCACGGCAUCCAGCAAGACUGCAACGAGAUAGUCAAUGACCUACGCAUGAUACUGAGGGAACAGUUCAGCAACAGAGAGUCUAGCGCAAAGCAGCUGGCAGAGAGUGUGGAUCUGCUACUUCAGCUUAAAGAGCCGCCAGACGAACUCUGCGACGAAUUUCUUUCGCACGCUAAGGAGAAGCUGGAUGAGGACUUGGCUGAAAUUGCCUCCCAAGUGGACCCCGCCCUAGUUGGUACCCAGCAGCCUGAUAGCACCGCUGCCAUGGAGGGUACCGAUGAGACCAGACCUGCCGAGAAGCUGAUGCGGAAUAUACCGAUGGAUAUCUUAGAGUUUAUAGACAGCAGUUGCAACAGUUUUCUGAGUAACAUCAGCCUCCUCAUUGCGUCUUACAAGGAGUUGUUCGUGGACAGGCAAGCCACAGACUCCCAGGAGCAGGAGAAGCUGGUAGAGGUUGCCCAUGCCAAGCUGGCUGAGUUUGUCAACUCACGCAUGCAGCAGUACUUCACACAUGUAGACGAGAGGAUCAAAACAGAAAAAAGCACAGUAGACAACUCCCUCCUGGUCCGGGCGCUUGACCGCUUCUACCGACGGCUCCUCGCUACCGACCGCCUUGUCCCACAGCUCAAGAUCAUCGAGCGCGCCUCGGCUAUCAUAGCUCAGUGUGGCCAUGAGAGGGCGCUGUUCUACUUUGAUGGUCUCAAGCGUCACUUUUCAGAGUGCAUGACGGACAUACGCCAGACUCUGUGUGCGCCAAGAAUAGCAGGCAAGAAGGAUAAGCCGGACAUGGUGGACCUACUCAACACAACAACCACAUCGGUCGUAGAACAACUCAAAGUCAUUCUCACUAACCUCAAGGCCUUCAUAGCCAGCGACAUCACGUUCUCCCAGACGCCAUAUUUCCGGGGUCCCUUCUGUCAAGAUGACGUCAGGGAGGGGCUUCUUGUUGCUUUCUUCAGGCACAUGUAUUCAGCUUCGCGUGAUCUGUGUGAUGGUGUUGGGGAGAAAGGAUCCACCACCGCACCAGCGCUCAUUCUAGUCCUGUCCAGACUCUUGCUAGACUUUGAAUCCACCACUAUCAGCCAGCUGCUAGUGCUAACGGAUGAGUUGUUCCCUAUUGACAAUCGGCGUAGCUUAACCCAGACCUCAGUACUGUGUGCUGAAGCCCAGAGCGCUGCACAGACCCUACUGAAUCAUUACGUCAAAGUCCAGGGGCUCCAGAUAUCUCAGAUGCUCAGGAAGAGUGUUGAAACACGUGACUGGCUGAACACCAUAGAGCCACGCACGGUGCGCGCUGUCAUGAAGCGUGUCGUGGAAGACAUCACCACCAUCGACAGCCAAGUGGGGGCGCUCUACGAGGAAGGGAUACGCAAGGCCCACAGCAGCGAUUCCAGCCGGAGAGCGCUGAGCUACAGCGUGUCCAAGCAGCAGCAGCAGCGCAUGCAGAGAAGCUACGCAUCAAGUAGCAACUUUGACACCAGCUUGAUGAGCAACAUCCAGAAGCUCUUCUCGGAGCGGAUUGAGAUCUUCAGCAGUGUGGAGUUCUCCAAGGUGUCCAUUCUUACAGGCAUCGUCAAGAUCAGUCUCAAGACAUUUCUAGAGUGCAUCAGACUGCGGACGUUUGGCCGUUACGGCCUGCAGCAGAUCCAGGUGGACACCCACUAUCUCAACUUGUACCUCUGGCGCUUCGUGUCCGAUGAAAAAUUGGUUCAUUUCCUACUGGAUGAGGUCGUGGGGAGUGCCCUGCAUCGAUGUCUGGAUGCUGUCUUGAUGGAAACUAGCAUCGUGGAGGUCAUCUGUGAUAGAGGCUGACAUGUGAUAUGCCAUUCUCACCCUAUCAGCAAUGGAUAAACUUCAAUAUUUCCAUUCCAAGGUACUAAAACUGUUUUAGAGAACAGUAUUUUUACCCAGGAAAAUGCAUUAUUACUCUGCCCUUAUUUGCAAAAGAUGGCCUUAUUCAAGUGCAAUAGAUUUCUGUGGGAUGCAGCACCAGCUUGCAAAGGGUUAGAUUGGGCAACACUUUAUAAUUUUGUAGUGGGUGUCAUGUUGACUGUUCAUGUAGUAAAUUACAUAACCGGCAUACGGAUCCUUUUCGUUAUUGCUACCAUUCACGCCAGGGCUCAAAAAGUCCCAUUCGCCCAUGGGGAAUUCAACAGUUAGGAUCAGUCUUGUUCCAUGACGCGGUAUUUGUGUGCAAAUGCAUGCUGGUGUGCGCGUUCAGGUUUCGCGCAACGCGUAUUGUUCCACAGAGUUGGGUUCAAACAUUUCCGUGAAGGGGUGGUUUGGAAGAGAGAAAUACAUUUUCCACCAAUUUUGUAUUGAAAUAAAAGUUCAAGUAUAUCAAAUUACAAGUAUCUGUAUGUCAGUUAUAUAAAACAAAUAUGGAGUGGCUUUCAAUUGUGAAAUGGGAGGAAUUUUAUCGCUCGGUAAAAUCUGGACUUUUCCAGUUCACUCGGCUUUGCCUUGUGAAAUGGAAAAGUCCAGAUUUUACUUUGCAAUGAUAUUCCUCCCAUUUCACUCUGAGCCACUCAAUAUUUGUAUACUAGACAACCAAGACAUUUGUAGUGACUUGCUGCUCAAGAACCUCAUUUCAUAAGCUGUGCUCCACAGAUUAUUCUUCUGCCAACCUGUGCGAAGUAAAAAUGACUUGUAAACAUUCCUUUGUGUAACUCUUUAUUUUACAGAAGGUUCAUUUAACCGUAAUUGUAAUGCACAAAAUAUAGAAUGUGGAAAGUGCAGCUUUAAUCUGUCAUAAGCAGAGUACACAUGAUAUCAGUAUUUGCCUGCUCAACCUGAUUUUGAGUUUUAGGUUUCCUAUAAUGCUCAAAAGAAAAGUUUGCUUAAAGUUGCUUAGAAGGAGGAUCUUUUGGGGCUUAGCACACAAAAAACCUGGCUGAGCACGUAAGUCAAAAAGUGAAGUUAUCUACAUUGCUUGUGGCAUGCUUUCAGCUCGCAACUUGUUUUCAGCAUAGCAUCGAACUUGCAAAGCAAUGUGUUCUGGGUCUGCAUAAAAAUUGGGCCGUGGAUUUUUUCAACAAUCAGUCAUCUGCCACCCAAUUCAAAUUAACGUAUUGUCAUGAAAAUGACUAAACCCCAAUUAAUCCACUUAUUAGAAGAAAACAAAAUUUAAAAUAUAAAGCCUGGCUUCUAGCUUAAUUUAGAUUUCAUUAUCAUCAGAUUUUGUGCUCGUUUUGUUUUAAGAUUGUUUGCAAUCCUAAAAUCAGUGGUCCUAUGAUAAUUGGAUUCAUUUUUGCCAAAUGACUGCUGGUUGCUUUUAAUUUUCGGGAGCGUAAUUAAACGACAGAUAGGACUUUUUAAUUUUGUUAUGAAGUAAUUAAAGCUGAGGCAAAACCUGUGCAAGGGAAGAAGACAGAUAAGUCUGAAUCUGCCACGCUGUCUUUGACCCAAAAAGUAAAGAAAAUGGGACGAUAGGUUUUCAACUUAGUGGUGGGUCAAGGGAGUGAGGGGGUCUAAACCACCCUCUCCUCCCCCCCC